CGAGGGGCGACGACUCAAUCCCUCAGCCUCGACACUCCGGGAUCACACGAGGGAACAUCCUCUCGCCAUUCCUUGGCUACGUACCAUCCCCUUGCUCCUCCCUUGACCCCCCCUCGCCCCUUCUUGGCCACCACGAUCCUUCGAUCACGCUCACUGUCUUUACCAUCUUACCCCAAGCUUGCGCUGCUUCGUGUACCCUCGGUAGUGCCCUCUGCGAGGUGCAGCUACUCUGCCAGUCUACUCCUCUCGAUCCUCUUAGUCUAUCGCCUCGACCUCCAGUUGAUCCUUUCCUUCCCUGACGAUCUUUAAGUUCCCGCAAGACAAGACACGCACAACUCGGCCCCAUGAAGGCCCUUUAAAAAUAGCACCGCCCCCCAUCCGCUCACUUUCACGAAGUAGUCGGUCCACAUAAUCACCAUGUCCGCUGCUGCGCGUACCACCACCGUCUUGGCGGUCUCUAGGCCGGAGCAGGCUCCGGCCGCGGGCAGCAGCAGCGCGGGAAGACGAGCUUCAGCAGCCGCGGCCGCCUCUGCCUCGAGGGCGUCAGAGAGGUCUGCCUCUCGUGCGUCUGUAUCCCGAGCGUCCGCCUCUCGAGCAUCGGCCUCAGCCAAAUCUCGUAUGGCAAGCCUGGCUUCGGAGCUCUCGGCGAUGCGGUCUCGCUCUUCUGUGCAGGCGGCUCGUGCCAGUCGCAGUCGGUCUUCCGAAUCCGUCGCGUCCGUAUCGGCUGCGAGAGCUUCACGAUCUGCAGCUAGUGUCAUGUCCAUUUCUGAGGCCUCUGUAUCAUCGAAAAUGGCGUCCAUAGACGCUGUACUGGCCACUGCUACAGUUCCGACCGGCGAAGCGUCCGUCGCUGCCGUCUUGAGCUCCCUCACAGCUCUCACAGCCACCGCUACAGGUACAGCAGCCAGUGCCGCCCUCGUCUCCCUGGCCGACGCAGCAAGCACACUCUCCGCCCUGGCAGCAGACGAGGCCGCCUCAGCCAGCUCGAUCAGCUCACAGAUCAACGCUGUUACUGCUCCCGCCAAUGCAGUCUCAACCACGAGCGCAAUGUCCGAAACCUCCUCUCCAGGCCUCUCAGGAGGGCAGAUUGCGGGUGUCGUCAUAGGCGUGCUGGCAGGAGCCGUCCUCUUGCUCCUGCUGGGGCUCUUUUGCUGGAGGAGAAGACGCAAGGACAAGGGUGCAGCCGGAUCCAUCUUUCCUUGGCGGCAAUCUGAUUCGGGAAGGAAAGUCAGCGACCGCUACGCUAGCACGUGGGAUGGAACAGGUGGGGAGAAGGUUUCCCAUGAUGAGGCGCCUCACGAUCUGUGGAACGUGAACGUUGGACAUCGCGGUCGUACGGAGCGAAUGUAUGGGACUGCCAUGGGCUAUCAUCCCUCUGGGAGAGAAGCAGACGAGCGAUGGGACGGGGACAAUCUCACGAGGGGUGCACCCACCAGAUUGGACAACUACCAAGAGCAAGACGCCGGAGAAGGCACUAAUUUCCUUGCUUUGGACCGGAGCGAAGCAAGUGGUGACGAAGCUAAUGAAGGAAAUCGCACAUCGAACAGGAGGCGAGGAUCUCCUCAAAUACGUCAAAUGAACAAAGUCCCGAAGAGACCAUCUAGGCAGGGCGUCUCAAUGAACCCUGAGCCUUCCAAGACUCAAGAUCGCGCAAGCAAGAACACUGCUGGAAGGUCUUCCCGUGGCAUGAGCGCCAUCGGAGGUCUCAUGGGCGGACUUGUCGGUAGCGCCUUCUACCGUCGCCAGCAAACACCAGCCGCUCCACGCUUCCCAAUCGAAGACGACGACGACGAUGAUGAUCGGCUAUUCGGAGAUGGCGAUCGUCAUCUCCAGUCACGGGCUGACGGAGACAACUCAGACUUCUACUCCACGCUCGGCAAUCGGCCACCAAGAGGAUCCAGCGAUCUUCGAUACCGACAAGUGCCCGUACCUCCUCCGGCGCGACGUCCCGUCCAGACUUCUUCCAGAACCGAGAAGGGGUGGGGCGGAUGGAGCGCGGCUCUGGCGGGUGUUGCUAGGAGGGCUUCUGGUGGUAGAUACGGUACUGCUCGCUCUAGAGACGCUUCGCAGACACAGGACUGGUCUGACGAGGAAGACAGUGCGGACAGUGUCACUACGAUUGAGGUCUGCACAGACUCUGAGGAGGACGAGGACGAUGAUGACGACGAGGCAGAGGAAGAUGAAAGUGACGAUGAGCUCAGAGACCUAGACGAGAGGAAUGCCGCCUCCAAGGGACGUCAAGCCGUCUACAGCUCCUGCGCCACAAUCGGCAGGAACGGCUCGAGUAGGCGUGCAUCGUAUGACACUGCAGGUCAAUGGAGCAGCAGGCACGUAAGUGAAGACGAAUAUGAUGAGGAUGCUAGGUCCGAUUACACUUCACCGACGGCUGCAGUCAUGGCUCGAAUGUCAAGAGAUGCAAAAGGAAACAAGGUCCCUCCUUCGCGCAAGGCUCGGGACAAUCCCUUCACCCGCGACAGUGCUGAAGGCGAUCAACAAGCAGCUAGAGUACCCUCGCUACCGAGCGACUUCGGUGAUGGAGAUUUAGAUAUCAUCGACAAUGACGAGGCCCUCAGCUCCCGUCGACGCCGCUCGAGCUCAGAGACUAAACGAAAGGAGAGAGAGCGGCUGGCGGCACUAGGCACAGCUGCUGCUGGCGCUGGUGCUCUGACCGGACUCGCAGCAAAGCACCGACCCAGCAAUGGUAGCACCUACUCGCGAGGCCACUACGUAGAGCCUUCCUCAAGCACUAGCGGCAGCGCAAAACCUUCUCGCCACAGCACUUUCAUCAGCUCGGGUACCGAUCUCCUGGGUCCAGCGGCCAUUGCCAGUCGCAAUAGCUCUCAGCAGCGUUAUCAUGGUGUUCCUGCACGGCAACAUAGCCGACAGGCAAGUGAUGACAUUGUGGAGGAGGUGAUGGACUCUGAUAACGAGGACAACUACUCGGACGUUCCUCUACAUCACCGAGAGCUGCGCAACCAGCUUUCAACAAUUUUCAGCGAAAGCGACGGAGCUUCUGUGAAUCUGAGGGAGGCGCAAAGCGAUCGACGACACCGGCCCAACAGCGGUACAGCGAGCGAGGGCAGCGUGGCUCCUUUGAGUAUCAAGAAGAGGAGUGCGACUUAUGGCUCUGUGCCUCCCAGUCUCGCAUCGCCCGCUUCUGUAGGCUCGGAUGAAGUGCCGCCUGCUUACACAUCGCAAGACGGCGGUGGACGCACAUCUUUCACUAGGAGAGCUGCGUCAAUGGAGGCGAGCAGAACCCGCACAAGACGCAGCACGAGUCCACAACGCCAGCCUUCUCAGCCUGCCGAGCCUGCAGGAGGCAGUAGUGGUGGGCUCCUCAGCGGCUUCACAGCUGGUCUGAGGAGACUCACGUCUACCCUCACGACUGCUUCGAGGAGCCCUGCGAUGGGCUCGGAUCAAGAUCACUUUGUGGCGGAGCGAAGCACACGGCGAGACUCUGCUACGCUUCCUUCUGAAGAAAACGAGAGAUCUGCUGAGGGUGUUGCAGAGAGAGCAAGUAGCAGACGAGAGGCCGCGAGACACCAAUCGAUCGAUGGAAGUUCAGUGCCGUCAAUCGGACACGCCUCGUUUGGUGUUGGCAGAGCCAAACAGAGUGCGAGCACACAUAACGUCAAUGGCGCUUCUAGUGAGGAAACAGUCUCCAGCGCUGCCGAGAGCUCUUCCCAAUCUCUCGCUCAAUCGACCAUAUCACGGCAAGACGGAGCAGGAGUGAGCCGCUCAACCUCGGCCUAUCCCUUCCUUGACGUGGCCUCCGCCAUGACUACCAGAGCGCACCGAGACGGACCAUCCUCCGGCAGCGGUGAAGCCGCUUCCGAUGGCGCCAGUCUCGCCAACAGCAGCUCACGACGCACAACAGGGAGCGGGCGGACAGACGCUGCUACGCGCGGAUCGAGCGAGAGGCGCUCUGUACAGCGCAGCGGGACUGUCUCGACUAAUGCGGCGAGUGAAGCUUCUCGCUAUGGCGGUGAAGAGGGUGACGAUGUAGAAGAAGCAGAGGAAGAAGCUGACGAGCAGGAGGAGGAGGAGGGACAGGAGGAACAAGAUCUCACUUGGGCUGCGAACCCAGAGCACAUCGAUGCCAGACCGGCUCCACCGCUGCAGGCAGCUCACUACCCCAGCUCAUCUCUCGGGGAAGCUGUGCUGCGUCAAGCCCGGCGCGAGGCUGGCCUGGGCGACGAGAAGGUCGCUGCUCCAGGCGAGGCUCUGCCCACUAUGCCGACCGAUACCACUCUUGUCAACGACGAGAAAGUCGGCCUAGGUCUGCCCACCUCGCCCGCCAAGUGGCGCCAAUCACCCCGCGUCGAGACCAUCUCAAAGCACGCCGUCGUCGCUGCUCUAAACCUGCAGCGUCGUGCACAGCACACCUAUCAGCCCUCGCAGGACUUUUCCUUGAUUUCUCCUUCGACAAGUCGUGCCUCCUUCGAGGCACCCCCACCCUCGUAUGGCCUGCCGGACGUAAGGAGAGGCGCAAUGCGCAAUAGUCGUACGUUUGACGGGACGUGGCCCACUGCGCCGAGAGUAUCCCUCUUACAGGGACACAAUGGAGAUGAUCUCGGUAAUGGGGCCCUGAGUGGGGAGAAGGAAGCCCUGCAAAGGGCUAUGAGCCAGCAGGCUCCCCCGAGAAGGCAGGGUCAGGGAUGGUUUGCGUAUUAGCCACGUCCCUUGGAUCUCUGAUCGGGCUUUCACAGUGCGAGAUGGGAGAAGAUCUUUUCUCUAUAUACCAGUCUGUUUUGAUUUGACGAAUGUUUCCUGACGAAUGAUGAUGGAAGUAGUAUGUACAAUGUCUCUGACGAAUGACGAAUUGAUUGAAAU